AUGGUGCGAGAAACACGCCAUCUCUGGGUCGGAAACCUACCGGAAAACAUACGGGAGGAGGAAAUUGUCAAGCAUUUUGCCCGGUAAGGUUUUAGUUUACCAGUUUUGGCGCGCUGUAUUCAAGCCAGGGAAUUUAUUCUUGUUAUUAUUUUUUUAAUGCAGCUUAUUUUUCCUCCUUUGUAAUAACUUAAGGAAUUGUAACAGUGCUUUAUGACGGAAACUUUAUUCUUAAUGACAGUUCACAUGUAAGAGAAAAAAAGCGCUGCUCCGUUUUCGACUGGUUAAUAUUCCCUGUCGUUGUUGCGUGAAGCUUUAAAAAACGUUUCGUUUCGCUUUUUAGUUCAUGGUGAUUAGUCGUUGAAAUUGAACUUGCUCAUCAAAGUAAAUUUCUGAAUGCAUUUUAUGCAUCCUGAAAAAUUACAUGUUUUUCUCUUAAAAAGACAUGCUAUAGUCAAUUUUACCAUUCGACCGUCUGCGGCGGUGCUAAAAUCAAAAUUCACUUUACUCUAUCAUGGCACUUGUAAACUUUAUAUAUUUCUUAUUUCUUUGUGGUAAUUUAAGUCCACUAUCAAUAUUUUUAGAGCCAGAUGAAUUGUGAGAAAAUACUUUAUACCUGACAGAAAGGAAAGCGUCUCGUUAAAUUUGUUCAAUUUGAGUGGAAGUGUGAUCACAAGUUGCCAUGUUUUUUCCCCGGAAGGGUUUGUGUUACACGUCACCAACGACUUGCUUCGCUUUGUUUGCAGGUAUGGCCGCGUCGAGAGCGUCAAAAUUCUACCAAAACGCAGCGCUGAAGGUGGACGAGCCGCUUUUGUGGAUUUUGUUGACAUUCGCAGCGCUACGAAAGCGCAUGAAUCUGUUAAUAGAAUCGGCGAUCGUGAAAUGAGAACCGAUUACAAUGAACCAGGAAACCCUAGUAAUCUUUCACGGCUUCAUGCGGAUCCUCCCGCCCGUCCUACGAGUAAUUCAGCACCGGGAUCUCCUGUACAAAGACGGCGCUUUGAUAGAAGAACCGAAGGGUAAGUUAGAGAAUAAGUUCGUGAGCUUCUUAUUGCUAUUUCAUAAGAAAGCGCAUUGCUCCGUGUUGCAGUCACGUGAGCUAGACACGCAAUCCGCCUAUCAACUGGCAAAGUUGAAAGUUUACCUCUAAGUCUCUGCCUGUAAGUAUAUAUUGCUUGCGGUUUGCGUAUCUCUUGAGAAGCAGAAAAACUUGGAGUGAGGGAUUUGCAACAUUGAAUUUGGUGUGAAAAAAAUCCCAUCUGGGAAAAUGAAAGAAUUUCGAUGGAAAGUCAUGUUGUCUUCAAUGGCUGUGAUUUCAUUUUACUCUUACGGAAUCGUUGUUGCCUUAAAAAUACUUGUGGUUUCUGUUGUUUGUCAAGAUUAAGUGGCUUUCUGAACAAGGAGUAACAUGUGGAAAAUCGCAAGAAAUGGAUCCCCAAGUUGUGGCAACCAAGAGUUUUUUAGCGUUCCAACACAACAACAACAACUUGUUGCCAAACUGGUAAAUUUUAUAGGGAGAGGUUAAUGACUAAAAGUAACAAACAAAAGGGUGCAAGGAGGUAAAGUAAAGCUUUGUUUUAUUGUUGUUCUGGUUAAUGUUUUGUGAUCAAAAUUAAAAUGGAAUUCAGAUCAUCAUCCUUCACCAUUUUAUGUUAGUUUUAUCAGAGAUAGUUUUGUGAUAUUAGGUUAAGUUGGAGUAUUGAGAUAAUGUGGUCAGAAUUAUGGAUUUCCAAGGUAUGGCAACCAGUGGUGUUACAAUGGAUUUUUCCAAGCAAAAGGAGAGCAAGCUCAAUGUAAUUGAGGAGACCGUUUUGGAUCAUGGGAUUUUCAACAGUGUCUGUUAGGAUUGUGGAUAGCUUUUUCUUUUUUUUUCCCUGGUAAAUAAAAGAAAAUCACACCAUGUGGACGACAUGCAAAAUUGGUUAACUGGAUUUCAGUCUUGUCAUUUGUGUGGUUGUCUGGCAGAGUUCAUGUCGUUUUAGAUUCAAGAUUGUCCCAGAUAAUCACAAGAACAUCAUCUAUGUGGAUGAGACAAGUUUUGGAUUGUGUGGUUUUCAAUAGUCUCAGUUCUGUUUUGGAUCAAAUCCUACAGUAUCAGAUCAAGAUUAUCCUAAACAUCUGCUGUGAAGGAGAAGUGGUCAUGGAUUGUGUGGCUCUAAGUUCUGAAGAAGUGAGGAUGGAUUCUCUUGCUUUAAACAGAAGAUUGCUCCAAAAUGAUACAAGUAAUUUCUCUUGAAGGAUCAGAAAAACAGUUUCAGAGGAUUGUGUGGUGUUAGACCUCUUAUAUGGUUCAAGGAAAACAUGCGUUCCAGGUUUUUCAUACUUUUACCUUCACUGGACACAGUUCUCUUCUGUAUAAGUCAAAAGUCGUGUGUAGCCGCUGUGAUUGUUUGCAUUCUUUUCAAUUCCACUUUUCUUUGAUGAAAAUUAUGAAAAUAUUAGCUGCUGAUUUAUCCAUUCAUCUCAUCACAAGACAGUGAGAAAUGGACUUCAAGUAUCUUAGAAGUAUUGGUCAUACCCAUUGCCUGAAACAACAUUUGUGAUGUAGAAUUUUGCAAGAUUAUCGGGAGCAUUGCGAGUCUAUUGUCAGAGAUCAGAUUGAAAGCUUGACACUAAAUGGUCAGAAUAAAUUACAAGAUACUGAUGUGAAUGCUCUUUCCAUUGCAAACAAAAUUUGAAUAAUCAUCAAAAUUUUAGACGAGCUAUUUGUUUUCCCACAUGUGUUGCAAAGGCAUUUUUUUGGAUUUUAACACCACCAAACCUUGUAUACUCUAUUCAAAUUUGAUCAUCAGCGACAUUAUCUAUCAGAAGAAGACUCACCUCAACUGUGUGAACACCAUCAAUCUUGUGUUUUGGAGUAUGAGAUGCCUUUUAGAAUUAAGUCUCUCCAGAGGAGUGUUGCAUCAACCUUGGCACUACCCCAAAAAUUAUUGUGUGGAAUUUGUCAUGUAGGAGGUUUUCUUUGUAAGAACUUGAAUACAGAGCUUUUGAUGAAAAGUGUGUGGUCAUCUUGCUAUCUUGCUAGUGUUCUUUGUAAUCCAAGGAUGCAUUAAUUUAUUGUGAUCAGUGUGGAUGAUUUUAGUGUAGCAUAUACUUUGAUGGGGUCGUUUCAUGAAGUUGAUGUGUUGUUCUUAGGCAAGCCACAUGUGCUAGGGCUAUAAAAAACCAGGUUAGUAUUGUAUGAAAAAUAAAAUAUGCUCAACCAGUUUGUGCCAGAUCUUUUGUAUCCUUCAGGGUUGAAAAUUUACUUGUCUUAUGCUGGUAAAAGAACCCAAACAAUUUCUAUUAGUUUACUUGUAAGGUUUCCAGAAGAGGUUUACUCUCAGAAGCAAUUCAGUCCCUAAUGUUUUUUUGUUUUCUAAAUUCAAACCCUGCUCAACAGCAAGCUUAGCCUGUAAAAGCAGAUGUUUCUCAAAUCCUCACUCCCUCCCAGCCGAAAAGUAACUUCUCACCAGAAAAGAAACUUUUUGGCUAGAGAGAAGUGACAAGUAGAAAUACAUCUACAGUGAGCCUUCUUUUCUGGCAGUGUGUGUUUCAGUACCAUCAGCAGCACUUAUCACAGAGGAUAUGCAUCAUAUGGUCAUACAUGAUCAUAAUAGAGAACUGAAGUGAUGACAUCAUAAAAAUGAAAUUUCUGAAAUUAUGGGAUUUGUCAGGAUAUUCUGAAAGAACAAUGUCUAUGAUACCUACCUGCCAAAAAUGAGCAUUUUGGGACAAAUUGUCUCCGAGAGGUUAGCCGGUUAUACUCAGAAAACUCCAUGCAAACCCUCCUAAUUUUUUUUUGGGUCGACCCAAAAAAAUCUAGAAGGGUUUGUAUGGAGUUUUCUAAGCAUAACUGGGUUACGAUCUCAGAGACAAUUUGCCCCGAAAUGCUCAUUUUUGGCAAGUAGGCGUCUUGGACAUUGUUCUUUCAGAAUAUCCGGACAAAUCCCAUAAUUUCAGAAAUUUCAUUUUUAUGACGUCACACUUUCGUACUCUAUUUCCAAUGAACAUCUGUUCUAAAAACAAAUUCAUCUUCUAGGACGGAAUUGGGAAAAUGUAUGACAAUCUCAAGUCUGAGAAGACUAAUAUUGGGUUAAUAUGUUGUAUCCAACAGCAAUACACCAGAUGGAAGAUACGGUGGUCGUUCACAAGCCUACUAUCAAGAUGGCUACAGUGAUGAAGAAGGUACAAGUGCUCGAAUGCCAAGCAGUAGUUCUGGUGGUGGUGGCAGUACUAACAGGGCAAGACCUCUUAGCAGUAGCAGUAGAGAUCGACGUCAGCAGCCUUAUAGCCAUGGACAAGAACCUCAUAGAAGCAGUCACAAGCCAAGUAUGUGUUGAGUUAUUUUGUUUCGCGUCCUUCAAAACUGGCCAGUUGUGUAGGAGCUGCUCUCCUGAUUGGUCUCAGAAAACAAUGACAUUUCAUUCUUUCAAUUGUUUCAGUAUUGUUUGGGGUCAGGUUUAGGCACCAUUGGUGACUUCUCUUCCGAGCAGCUGUUACAUGACCCUAACGGGCGUGCUGUAUGCUUCAUAGAUCUGUCCUAAAACAGUGUGCUCCAGCCAGUAGCCUCCCAACUCUUCAAAACCUCCAAUUUCAAUGCCACCUAUAUGUUACAGUACUAUUUUGGGGAUGGAGAGAGGAGGUCCAUUUUUUGGGUGAGAGGGUGGGUAGGUCCAUUUUUUAGCUUCAGUUAUUCUUAACUAACUAAACAUGUCUAGUUUCCAGGAAAGGAAAGUGGGCAAUCAAACAACAUUACUGUCCAUUGAAAAGACAUUUCACUACAUAUCAGGGUGCAGAGAAAGUCAGUUUUACGGCUUUCCAGUGGGGCAAGCUGCAGCUAACUUGUAGCCAGAGAGUCAAUUUAAUUAGCCUGAAAAAAAUUUUGGAUGAGCAGGAUUGAUUACAGUUCUUCUGUAAAUGUGAAUUUUGUAAAAAAUUCAUUUGCCUGUCGGGCAAGUUAAGAACAGAAUUCACUAUCUACUACUAGUCCCGGGCUAUGGAACAUGACUUUCUUUUCAUGCUGCAUAUGUACUUUUGAUAAUUUUAUUUGUCAACAUUCCACGGUAUGUGAUUAAACAUUUCCCAGAACCAAUUGCCAUAUUAGUGAACAUUAAAUAUUCUUUGACCGAUGAUUGAUUAAAUCAAUGAUCAUGAGACCACUAUGUCAUAUUUGAUCUGGACUGUAAAUUGUUUUCUUUUUUUAGAAGCAUACCGGGAUCAAGAACCCACUGCAGAUCACUCCAGUGGCAGUGAGAGUGACACUGAAAGCAGUCAGAGCAGAAGCCAGUCACCUAGCUCCAGUGGUAGCAGCAGCAGUGAGGAAGGCAGCAGGGAUGAGAAUGUCCGCAGGGUUGCUUCUGUGCCAGAUGCUCCUCAGGCAAACAGAAGUUCAGCACUCUGUUUAAGAAAUAUCUCUAUCAGAUCAGGAGGUAUAACGAGAAACAGUGUGAUUAGGUAGAAGUUACCUUAAACCUGGUCUUUGUCUUGUUUGAAUUAAAGAAGCUUUCUAUUCUUUACAUUUGUAGAUAGUAGUGUUCAUGAUGGCCUUUAUCAUGAGUUCAAGAAGCAUGGGGAUGUGACUCGCAUUUACGUGAAUGGACAAGGAUCUAGCAGAUAUGCCAUCAUACACUUCAGAAGGUGCUGAGAAUUCAACUUUAUUUUAAUCCAUACACCCAUGGAAUAAAUUUCAGGAUCCAGCUUCCAAUGCCAAAGAUCUAGAAUUGGGGCUAUCAAGCUUUUUUUUUACCUCUUAAUCAUUGAGUCAAGAAAGGUUGUAGAAGUUUUUAAUUUUUUUUCUUUGUUGUAAUUUUGUCAGACCUGAAGAUGCAGAGCGAGGACUACAAGUAUGUCAGGGAAAGAUGUUCCUUGGCGCUGAAAUGGAUUUACAGUAUUGGCAAGGUUGGGGAACAUAAUCUGUUAGAACAAAUUAUUACUAGUAAAAGCUCAAGCUUUAAGAGACAAUACCUUUAUUAAAGAGUUUAGGGAAGAAGUUGAUAGUCAUUAUUGUAGAUCCAAGGAAAACUCAGGGUGUGUUUGAUUGAGUGUAUUCCAGAAUAAGAAUACACAAACGUUUUUUUUUUUUUACAACUCCGUUAUACCAUUGUCCAAUCCGUUAGUCUGGGACAAGUAGACUUUCUUGCUGAGAAAGUAACUUUGUAAGCUUUCUUGCCUUAUGCAGGGGUUUCAUUAAGGGCCAGGCACUGGCUGUGAACGUGACUUUGCCCGGCUGCUUAACUUCUCAAAGACCUUUUUGUUUUUAAUACAAGAAACGAUCAAAAACCUGUGUUAAGUAAAUUACACAAUUGUGCCCUCUUCUUGAUGAGUCUUCUCAAAUGUAAAACAUACUUUAUCGUCAAAUUUUGACUUUAUCACACUCGGCUUGAAAUCUCCUCAUUUGUUACAUGCUAAAACAAGAAUUGCCCCAUAAUGCGUUGUGAAAAGAGCUGUACGCCAUAAAAGACCGUCUAGAAUGUCUCAAUAAGAUUAUGAACUAAUUUGUGUGGUGGAUAUUGGUAUCAAAUCAUGAUCAAAUUGUCCAGAAAAGUUAUCAUUUUUGGUAGUUAUAAGACAUUGUCUGCACCUUCAGAAUGUUGGAAAACUUAUCUCUGCAAUGGUAGAAUUUCAAGAAAGAGCCUUUUCAAUAAUUUAUUCUUUGCCUGGGUGUCAAACCCAGUUGCCAAACCCCUGCUUAUGGGCAAGGGGCCAGGCAAGUCAUCCAUAUAUGAAAUCGUAAACUCUAUUUUCUCCUAACAGUAUCCAUACACAACCAAGAGAAUAGGUUGUGAGAAUUAAUAAAAUAAUCACUUGAGGGAAAAUGGUUUGAUCUUUUAUCAAAUUCUCUCAACUUAUUCUUCAUAGAAAAUGUAUAGAGACCAGUUUGGAGAAUUUGUAUGUGAAUGUUGGGGCUUAAUAGGUUAACUAAAACUACAUGUAACAAGAAGUGAUCCCAGGCAUUCAAAAUGCAAGAGUUGCUUGCCAAAGGACAAACUGGAAUCGCUUUUUUUAUCUAGCCCUGAUGAUAACAGUGGUAAGAGUGUUUUGGCUUUUUCCUGUAGAUGAUCGAUAUGAUUCCAGUGACCACCGUCAUCGUCACCGUUCACAUGCAGGAUCCAUGAUCGAUGAUGACUUUGAUCCAGGUUGCACCAGAACUCUCUUUGUAGGAAAUAUUGAAAAGACAACAACAUUUUCUGAUCUUAAGGAUGCUUUUGAGCGAUAUGGAGAGAUUGUGGUAAGUUUCCAUGAGGUAGUUUCAACUCAGAAUAGUUUCCUAUUAUGGUUUUUUUGUAUUGGGUUAUGAAGAACAUGAAAUUCAAGGGCAAACAUGGAUUGUUUUUUAGUAUAAGUUGCUUUCUACUACUACAAGAGAAAUUUCUGCAAUUUGAUUGGCUUAAAGCAGUGGUAUUUCAGCUUAAUUUGAAUACCUACAUCUGAAAAUUACAAGGCCUUUGCAGGUAGUAGCAUAAACAAAAUUAAUAAUAGCAUGAUUUGCACAUGAUAUUUGGUAUAAAUACCACUCGUGAUAUUUCAAAAUUGUCUCAAAUUUAUGUAUAACAAUUUCGAAAUAUCACUUGUUGUAUUUAUGCCAAAUUUCACUACAAAUCAUGCUAUUACCUAUACUAAUUAAAGGUCAGUGAAAAUGAUUGUUUGGCGGUUAGUGAAAAGUCAGAGUUUUUGAGUUCUGUUAAUGACAACUGUGUUGUUCUGUCUGCAAAAAUAUUGUCUUACAUGCUACUUUGUAGUAUUAUGGUUGGGAUCACACUGUUUGUAAGGCUUAUUUGUGUUCUGGCUCAGAAAUAACAUACUUUCCUUAAUGGCAGGAUGUUGAUAUCAAGAAACAAACUGGUAAUAAUCCAUAUGCAUUCAUCCAGUUUGUUGAACUGAGCAGUGCUAUUCAGGCUCGAAGGAGAAUGGACAGAGAGUUUGUGGGACGCAACAGAGUCAAGGUAUGCAUCUGCAUUUAAGACCACAAUUUUCUAGCACCGGGUUAUUUGAGGUAACAGACUUCCGAGUGAUAGGUAUGUUAUUCUAAUACUCAACUCAGGAUCUAAAAUUCACUGACAGAAAUGUGCUGACUUUGUUUUGACAUCCACACAUUGUUAGACAUUCUGGUCUUCUCUGGCGAGGAUGAGAAACUGCCAGCCACCUCUUACAGUACUAGUGUUGAUAUUAAUCUUGCAGAAUGUGAAAGAACUCACACUUCUGUUCCUAAAGAGUUGGAUACAUAACCCCUUGCAGUGUGGUAAACCUGAGGCAUGUGUGCAUCUGUGAGCAUGUAUUGCAGCAGGUUCACACAGCUUUCUUGGUACCCCAUAACUUGUCUUAUCAAAGAAAAGUUAAUGAUGGCUCUGUGUAAAGUGAACAUCCAGUUUUCUUGUGGGUUUCUGGUUAUAGAGAGUCCCUGAAAUCUUGUAUUGUCUUGGUAAGAUUAUUAUAUUUUAUGUUCAGGUUGGUUUUGGCAAAGUAUCGCCCAUCAACACCAUCUGGGUCGGAGGGGUGGGUGGAUUGAGUGAGCAGCAGAUAGAGCGACAUUUUGGACGAUACGGACGUGUUACCAGAGUUGUGGUGAAUCGCCCCAGGGAACAAGCCUUGGUCAGUUUUGAUAGCGUGGAGUCUGCUAGCAUUGCACAGGGAGAGAUGAAGGGAAGAACUAUGUUUGGACGGCGUGUCAGGGUAAGCAAGCAUAGCUCUGAGCAGGAACCCUGUUAUUUCUAACGAUGUGCUACACAUGUACACAUGACUCACAUCUGUGAGAAAAAGUUCACAGGGAGAGUAUUUAAAACAUUUUGAAUGUCACAUUUCAGGACUUCUUUCUUCACAUAAUGGUGCAUAAUCAGUGGCUUUUGAUUGAUUGCCACUUUAAACACUGAGUUUUAUACACAUUACACAUUUAAUUUUGAAACAGUUUGAAAGGUUUAUUGAACAGAACUUUGCAGCUGUUUCUGUCAUUAUAUUCUCAGUGAAGUUCAUUCAUUCAUUCCUUACCUCUCUUUGCACAGGUUGAAUUUGUCAGCCGUGACAGUCGGCAACUAUUCUUUGAUGCAUUACAGCGCACUGGUUCCUCAGAUGGUAGCAGCCGGAGAUAUGAACCUUCCUCCCCAAGGUCGCGUGGCCGAGGGGGUGGGUAUUAUGAUAACCGCUGGGAUAGAGGAAGGGGAGGUCGUGGCAGCAUGAGACGUGACAUGUCAAACCACCGUCCGUGGCACAGGGGAGAGUAUGACUACGCCGAUAACAGAGAGGGCUACCAGCAGAGAGGUUCUUCCCGUUACCGAGGGCCUUAUGAGGGCGGAGGGUAUGAGUCAGGUGAUGAUUAUGAUCAAGAGCUUCGUGAUUAUAACUAUAGUCGGCAAAGAGAAAGAGAGAAAGAACAAGGUCGGCACAGACAUGAUAGAGGUGGGCGUGAUCGUGAUACUCAUAGAGAGGAGGCAAGCUACAGUGGCAGUGAGAGGUAUUUUCCUGAGGGUCAUGAGGGCUGGCGGGAUGACAGGAGCAGUUCAGGUUCAUAUGAAGAUUCCCGUGAUCGCAAAGAACCUCGACCGCCGGAUUUUCCUGAAGAACACGAUCGUGAGCGUUACAGUGUGGAUGAAGACCGAGCCUCAAUUCAUGGUAAGCCCCCUAGCCGUGACGUUGGGCAGGAUGAGAAAGGUGCUAAGAGGAAAGAGAAGAAGAAGAGAAGACCUCGUUCACCUUCUCCUGAGGAUGAGCGAGUGGAGGAGAAAGAGAUGCCCAGUGCAGGAGAGGAUGCCAAUGAAAAGAGAGUUUUUGAUCAUAAGAAGAAGAAAGAAAGAGUUGCAGAUACUAAGCUUGCAGUGAAGAGUAAAGAUGGGGAGCAUGAAGUUGACAAGGAGCAUUUGGAAAACAAUGGCACUAAGAGUGAAGAAUUUCCAGCUCAAGAACCCAGUGAUGAAAUGCCGGCUCCUGCAUCACCUCCUCCACCCACUAAGAUCAGUAAAAAGAAGGAGAAGAAGGAGAAGCGUAAGCGACACAAACGGAUUUUCUCGCUGAGUGAAGAGGAAGAAGAAAGGGAGGUAGAAGAAAAAGCUGCUAGGUUAGAGGAAGCUUCUAUUCGUGGUGGGGGUGACUUGACAGCAUCGGGGAUUAAACAGAGAGCUCAUUCUGAUGCUGACUUACAGAGACUUGAAAAAAGAGAUAUCCACUCUGCACCUGAGAGUAGUAGGCUUGAUCAAGCUGAUCUGAAAGAGAAACCCAGACGUCAUUCUGCCGAUGAACGAUUGCCCAAAGAAGAUAGAGAAAUGCCUCGAGAGGCAGGUGGUCGUUCACCCCGUAAUAAAACACACAGAGACGAGAGAAGAAGAGACUGGGAGAAUAAAGAUGUUACGAAACCAAAACGACGACGCAUAUCCAACAGUGAAUCACCUCCUCCUCCUCCACCCCCACCCCCUCCCCGUGAGGCCGGAGAAGCCUUCCCUCCCCAGGUGGAUGUGCUACCAAGAGUGGUUCCCCCUCAAUCGGAUGGGCAUAACACUCAAGUAAUCCGACCUCCUUAUGAUGUUGCUCCAGCACCUGGUCAUUAUGAGUCACAAGUUUAUGAUGCAAACCGUGGUGUUCCUGUGGGAGCUUCUCCUGCCACACUCAGUCCGAUCCCACCAGUUGGUAUAACUCUAAACCCUGCAGUCGCAGGUCCUCCUUUAGGAAGCGUUGGUACUCCACCUUUGGCAGUUCAUUCACCCAGUGUUCCCAUGGGCUCAGCUCCUCUACCAGCCAUGGCAUCUCCACAGGCGGCAGUACCCCCUCCUCCUCCUCCUCCACACUCAGAGUAUAACAGCACGCCACCCAUCCCACAACCGUCCAACACAGACACCCUCCUAGACCUGCUGAGGCGGUAUCCAGUAGUAUGGCAAGGCUUGCUAGCGCUAAAGAAUGAUUCUGCUGCAGUCCAGAUGCAUUACCUGGCCGGUAACCGUGGUGUUCCUGUGGGAGCUUCUCCUGCCACACUCAGUCCGAUCCCACCAGUUGGUAUAACUCUAAACCCUGCAGUCGCAGGUCCUCCUCCAGGAAGCGUUGGUACUCCACCUUUGGCAGUUCAUUCACCCAGUGUUCCCAUGGGCUCAGCUCCUCUACCAGCCUUGGCAUCUCCACAGGCGGCAGUACCCCCUCCUCCUCCUCCACACUCAGAGUAUAACAGCACGCCACCCAUCCCACAACCGUCCAACACAGACACCCUCUUAGACCUGCUGAGGCGGUAUCCAGUAGUAUGGCAAGGCUUGCUAGCGCUAAAGAAUGAUUCUGCUGCAGUCCAGAUGCAUUACCUGGCUGGUAAUGGUCACUUGGCUGAGGUUUCAUUACCCCAGGCACCUGCUAAUGGCAUAGGAAGUGUGCCACCACCAAUCCGGAUCGCCCAGAGAAUGAGACUGGAGCCAUCUCAGCUGGAGGGGGUCAUCCGCAGAAUGCAGGUAGGUGCUAACCUGUCUAGACAGUCUAUUCUCUUUUUUGGGACAGCACUUAGUCUUUUUAUUACACAGCAGGCUGCAGCAGUGUUAGUUUGUUAUAGAGUUGGAAAAACGCCUUAUUGACUGCAGGGAACCAGGGCUGAAAAUUAUUUUCGGACAGUGGCCAGACAUGAAAGACCAAAGAAAGUUUUGCUCAGUCAAAUCUUGUCUCUGACUGGUCAAAAUAUUGGGAAAAAAAGUUAACUUAUCUCUGUGUAAUUUUCUAUUGUAGAUGUGAUUGUAUUUUUACAAAGAGACAAAAUCUAAGAUUUAUAGUGAGUAGAGUGCAUGGGUGACUGGUCGACAUGACCAACGAGUGAAGUUUCGGGCAGGUCAAAUCUCCCUACUGACCAGACAUUGUCUGUUGGCUGGCCAUUAUUUUGAGCCCUGGGACCAGUUAUACAUUUCAUUUAAGCGUUAAUUAUACAACAUUCAGUUGCUUCCUUUCCAUGGAUGAUUGGGAUUAGUUUUUUUGCCACAGGUUCUUAAUAUGCAUCAAUAGUUGUAAGUUUUCAUGGGAAAAAAAAGCAGACUACAUAGCUUGAUGCCAUAAUUUACUUAACUAAGUAUUUUGUGCUGAUUCUUUCAACAGUCUGACAAGGAUCACUGUUUGUUGCUGGCACUGCCAUGUGGUAGAGAUCCUCUUGAUGUUCAUGCACAGACACGUGCAUUGAAGAGUGGUUUUAUAAACUACUUGCAGCAGAAACAGGCUGCCGGGAUCAUCAAUGUUGCUAGGCCAGGGAGCACUCAGGUAAUAAACUAAGAUGUUUAUGCAAACUUAUAGAUAUUUCAUUUCUUUUUAUGUCAGACAGGUAAAAUGAAUAGGCAAUGGGCUCUGUUUUUACUCAUACAGGGCCAUAUCAGGGUGAGAUGAAAAAAAAAAUUGAGUGCAUGAAUUUUGAUAGCAGCUUUUGUAUGAACUAAUUUUCAUAAGUGAUGAGGUAAAAUUAUAUGGUGUGUUGAUCCGUACUAAUCGCACUGAUUGCCAACUCAACGCAGUCUGUGAAAUACAUUUUAUUACUGGGACUUAAAACGUUUUCAUGGCAUGAGAGUAUGUAAGGUUUGUUUGAUGAUCCUUAGAGUCCUUAAGAAUGCGGCAGUAUUGGAUGGGACUAGAUAAUCAUGACAAAGUCAUCAGUACAGUGAACAAUAUUCUUGUACCCAGUAACAGUAAAAUAUACAUUGAAAGAACCCAGAUAUAAUGAAGCCUUGUUAUAGGGAAUAUUUUCCCAGUCACUUGGCAUCUCAAUAAACUGACCUUCCACUACAAUAUCCCAUCCAGAGGGAAGGUGACCUUUGUGCAGAGAAACCAGGAUAAGCUCUACUAUUAUGCAUGCACUUUUUAUUUUUACUUUCUUAUAUCACUGGGGCCAAACUGCACAAAAAAGGAGGUACUUUUAUGAGUGAUAUUUCUUGUUCAUGCCAUUGUUUGUUUCUCCACACAGCCAAGCUAUGUGCUUCAUAUCUUCCCACCGUGUGAUUUUGCCCAGGAGCACUUGGCACGAGUUUCUCCAGAUCUCCUAGACAGUGCAGCUGACAGUGGACACCUUAUGGUAGUGGUGGCAUCAGUGUAGAAGAACUAGAACCUGAAGAGGAAUGAUGACGUAGCAAUAGUUGUAAAUUGAAACUUCAGCGCAAGAACCUGAAGGGGAAUGAUGAAGUAGCAGUAGUUGUAAAUUGAGACUUCAGAGUGCUGAAGUUGACAAUCAGUAGAACUAGAAUAAAAGCUGAAUGGUGCUUCAUUCUGAUCUGCAAAUCUACUUGGAAUAGUCAAGAACCUCGCAAGGUUUGACACUGAGAUGAAGUCUUGGUGAAGAAGAUCUGUCAUUUAGAUCACAAAACAUCAAUCCUAGAAGUAGAAGUACAAUGAGAUUUUGUUGACAGAAUGCUUGAGGUCAUGGAUAUGUCCACACAUAACUCAGUGAACCAAGGUUGGACAAGUUGCUCGCAAAUAUUGUGUACUCAACCUUUCAUGGUGGAGCAAGUUUGGCAGCUAGAACAUUCAAUAAUAAUAUUAUAAAUGCUGUGUGCAGUUAAAUUGAAUAGAAAUAAUAAUUAUUUUGUUAGCCCUUACAUAGUAUGUUUUUAAAUUUUAUUUGUAUAAACAAUGCCAUUGUUAUGGGUUUCACACAGGGAUCCUUAAAUAUAUAAACAAUAGCCCAAGGCUGAACAUAAAAUUUCUUUUGUCAGAACCUGUAGAUGGCUGGAUUUAAUAUAAAUCAACAGUUUGGCUGUCUUCAGUGUAUUCUGAUCCAGCUUGAUGGCCGAGUUCCAUUCAACCGUAUGUCAGGGAAAUUUUUUUCAAUCUCGCAUGCACAGGGUUCCCAUGUGGAGUAUUUCCAAGAGGUUAUCUUGCUAGGCUCAGUUGUUUGAAGGUGGAUAGCACUAUCCAGUGGAUAAUGCAAUAAUAAACAAUUAUUGGAUGAGGUUUUUGUGAUAUACGGAAUAAUCAAGGUCGAG